CGAGUCUCGGCCUUAGACCAGUCCCUAAACAGCGGCAGCCAUGGCCGUGAACCUGUUAGAAGAUUGGUGCAAGGGGAUGGACCUGGACCCCAGGAAGGCCCUGCUGAUUGUGGGGAUCCCCAUAGAGUGCAGUGAGGCUGAGAUCAAGGAGACCGUGAAAGUGGGCUUUCAGCCUUUGUUUUCCUAUAGAGUGCUGGGCAGAAUGUUCAUGAGGGAAAACAACGCCAAGGCCGUCUUUAUCGAGCUGGCAGAGCCCGUCAACUACUCUCUGAUGCCUAGUCACAUCCUGGGCAGGGGGGGCACCUGGGAGGUGGUGGUGAAUCCCCGCAACCCAGAUGAUGAGUUUAUCAGUAGACUGAACUACUUCCUGAAAGACGAGGGCCGGCGAAUGGUGGAUGUGGCCAAAACCCUGGGGUAUAGCAGCCCAGGUGCCACUGAGGGCAGGGAGCACGAGGUCUUAGGCCCAGAGGCAGCACCGGGUUUGCAGCCCCUGAAGGAAAGCAUGUGGUACCGGAAAUUGAAAGUGUUUUCGGGAAAUGCUUUCCCAGUACCCGGCGAGGAGACCUUUGAGGUCUGGCUAGAGCAGGCGACCGAGAUGAUGCAGCUGUGGCAGGUAUCUGAGGUGGAGAAGCGGCGGCGGCUGAUGGAGAGCCUGCGCGGCUCUGCGCUGUCCAUCAUGCGGGUGCUGCGGGCCAACAACGAUGCCAUGACGGUGGAGGAGUGCCUUGACGCGCUGACGCAGAUAUUCGGCAACAAGGAGGACUAUCGCACCUCUCAGUUCCACUUCCUUCAGGCCUUCCAGAAGUCUGGGGAGAAAAUCUCCACUUUCCUGCUUCACUUGGAACCCCUGCUUCACAAGGCGGUGCAACACAGCCCCAUCACCACUCGCAGUGCAGACAUGAUCCGUCUGAAGCACAUCCUGGCCCGGGCCUCCAUGACUCCCUCACUCCGUGGCAAGCUGGAGAUCCUCGACCAACGAGGGUGUCCCCCCACUUUUCUGGAGUUGAUGAAGCUCAUUCGCGAUGAAGAGGAGUGGGAAACAACCAUGGCAGUGAGCCAGGAGAAGCAGAGGCAAGUAGGAAAGGGCCGGAGGGGCUCCAGCAGACAGGUGAUGGUGGAGGUCCAUGCCCCUGCACCCCAGGCUCCGAUGCCGGCAGGAUCCUUCAUCGAGAACAGCACCCAGACGGCACAGGGAGGGGCUCCCCUGUCACUGAAGCGCAAGCGCCUGCCGUGCUCCUAUGGCAGUGGGGAUGAUGACCAAGUCAUGUGUCCCGGGGCUGAGAACCAGCCCUCAGCCAAGAAGCAGCAGCCAGUUGCAGUGGAAGAGUCGGGAAACGGGGUAGGGGCUGGGGCUUUGAGCCACCCCGAGCCCUAA